AUGGCCUCGGAUACUGGGCCGAGUACACAAACAAUCGAGGAACCCGUACUCACUUGGGAUCAGUUCUUACAGUCCGAGAAGAAGCGCACAGAAAAUUUCAGAGUCUCCAAAAGGCACCCAAAGGCGAAACCUGCAGACCAGUAUCAGAAGGCCGAAGAGGCGACGGCUGUGGAAGUGGCAAAGAAGGAGAUCCCGCAGACAACUCACGCGAGGAGUUCAGAUUUCUCCUUCUAUCAGGUUCUCGGCAAGGGCGGUUUCGGAGAGGUGCGUUUGCUACGACACAAGGCAACGCUAACAUGGCAUGCAGCGAAGAUACUUCUGAAGUCGGAGGUGAUUAGCAAAGGGCACGUGAGUCAUGUCAACAAUGAGAGAGCAAUUCUGGCACUCUGUGACAUGCCCCUGAUAGUUAAGUUGAACCAUGCCUUCCAGGAUGCAACCCGUCUUUAUUUGGUAAUGGAAUUUGUGCCCGGUGGUGACCUCUUUAUGUUGCUUCGCAGUAUGAGAAAAUUCGAUGAAGAAGUAGCCAGAUUUUUUGGUUCACAGGUAUUCCUGGCCUUGGAGUAUCUGCACACACUGAGAAUAAUUCAUCGUGACGUGAAGCCCGAGAACAUCCUCAUUUCUGGCAAUGGAUACCUCAAGCUGGCGGAUUUUGGAUUCGCGAAAAUUGUUGAGAAACGGACCUAUACUUUCUGUGGAACCCCGGAGUACCUGGCCCCGGAAAUAAUUCUUCACCGUGGUUACGGUCCUUCUGUUGACUGGUGGGCCUUCGGGAUCCUCUUGUUUGAAAUGGUCGUGGGAAGAUCACCAUUUUUUAGCGCAGAUGUUGGGAACAUUUAUGCCAAGAUAGUCAGUGCCAACCUGCACUUCCCCAGUUCCGCAAAAGUUAGCGAACAACUCAAACAUCUGGUUAGCAAUCUUUUGCAAAAAGAGGUCUCCAGACGGUACGGUUCCCUUCGAGAGGGUUCAUUCGAGAUCAGAAGGCAUGCAUGGUUCGCAGAUGUGAGUUGGUCAGAUCUUUUUCAUCAAAAGGUUCCCCCUCCCUGUGAUUAUUGCGUUCCACCGUCUAAUCCAGAAGCCAAGGUCUCAGAACAGCACAUUCUUUUCUUUGCCAAUUUCAGUACCUAG